AUGGAGUUUACAACUAUUUUUGUAUUACUUGGUGUAAUUCUUGUCGGUUUUACAUCAGCUCAAGUACCUAUACCAUCGCAUCCAGAUGGAUAUGGAGUUGGUGGACCAGCUGAUGCACAUGUUGUUGUCGAAAUGUUUUUAGAUCCACUUUGUCCAGAUUGUAAAGCUUCUUGGCCAACUGUUUUACAAGUUAUUCAAUAUUACGGCACAAAAAUUCAUUUUCGUUUUCAUACAUUUCCACUUCCUUAUCAUACAAAUUCAUUUGUAGCAUCACAAGGUGUACAUGUUAUUGCUAAUGCUACAAGUCGAAAUUUAGAUGCUAUUUUUCUAUAUGUAACUAAAGUAUUUGAAAAUCAAGAAAAAUGGUACAAUGAUGCAACAAAAACUAUGACUAUGCCGCAAGUUGUUGAUUCACUUGCAACAUUUGUUGCUCAACUUGGUUUAGUGACAAAAGAUAAAUUUUUAGCAGGCAUGGCAAAUGAUGAUAUAAAUGAUGAAACACGUAUUUCAUGGAAAUAUGCUUGCUCAAGAAAUGUUGUUGGUACACCAACCUUUCUUAUUAAUGGUGUCGCUGUAAGUGCAGAUGCAUCAUGGUCAGUUGAUGAUUGGAAAUCUGUUAUUGACCCUAUAUUAGCAUCAAAUGGAGUUGCACCAUCUAAAGUAAAAGAUUGUCCAUCAGGUCAAACAGAAUGUGAUUAUGCUCCACAUAAAAGUCAAUGUUGUUUAGCUGGUGAACGUUGUAUUAAAAAUGUUGGUUGUCGAUGUUUUAAUUUAAAACUUGGCAAUAAAUGUCUUUGA